UGGAAAUUCAUUACUACCCAACAAAGGAAUGUCAUCUUCUAUAUUGUCAGAAAACAGAAGAAAUUCACUCACAAUUAACAGGAGUCCAGGAUCAACAGAUUCCGAUUUAAUGUCAGAAGCACAAAAUUCUGACUUUGUAAACUUGUCUAGUCAAAAGGCCAAACCAAAGAAGCAUAUUGGGCAGAUUUUAUGCGAAGUUAAAUGGAAUGGGCAGACUCUGCCUACAAAUACAAUUAGAAGGAGAAACAAGAUUCUCAAAGGCCAAAGUUGUGCCUUAGUUCCAGGAAAACUUAUUUUUGAUUCCACCACAGGGACAAGAUUAUCAAAUAGCGCAAAAAUGAAGAGAGAAAGAAAAUGUCAUAAUUUGGUCAAAAAUAAGAUAUUGCGGCAUCGUGAUAUUUGUCAAAAUGAGAAUGUUCCAAAUUCAGUGAAUACUAUCAUGGAUGAUUUUAAUCACAGGAAUCCAUCAGAAUGUACAAAUCGUCGGCUUUCAUUUUCAAGCCUUCCAUUGAAAUCACCAAUCACAGAUAAUCUAACACUGCUUGUAAGUCUUCAGAAUGCAACAUCACAAAGUAGACAGCACAUUCAACAUAACCCAUUGAAAUAUCAACAUGACUUAAGUGCUGAAAAAUCUCAUCUAAUUAAAAAAAAAUUGAUCAGAUUUUUCCAAAGGUAUGAAGCCAUAAAACAUAGGCAUUCUAUGUCACAAGUUUCUAUGGAAAAAAUUGAAAAUAUGUCACUUCCCGAAAUGCUGUACAAGAUUCAGUCUAUACCUAAAGGUUUGUCAUUUCUGAGGGAGCAUCUAAAGAUAUCUAAGAAUUAUCAGCUGGUUUCCAUAGAUGUCCAACCAUUACAACAACAGCCUAGUCAACCACAGGCAGCACAAGAGACAGACAUCCAACCAUUACAGCAACAGCCUAAUCAACCACAGGCAGCACAAGAGACAGACAUCCAACCAUUACAACAGCCUAAUCAACCACAUGCAGCACAAGAGACAGACUUGGACAACUUUUUGCGACAAGUAAUAGAUGGAAAUGAUGAGGCAAUUGAGUCAAGGAUGAGGUUAGAAUGGUUUAGAAUUAUUACUUUUCAAACCUACCCUGCUAAUGUUGGCAUAUCUGCCAUAAAACUAGCUAACAAUGGGUUCUACUACACAGGGCAUACCAUAGAAACACGAUGUUAUUUUUGUCGCCAGACGUAUAACGAAUGGAGUGCAGAAUCCAAUAUUGAGGCAGUGCACAGGCAAAUAUCACCAGACUGUCCUUUCAUUAAUGGUAGAGAAACAAAUAAUGUUCCUAUUCAUGGCAUAAGAAAUGACCCUUCAAUGCAGUAUAGUCGGGCAGCAAUUGAGCAUUUACGGAACCCUAAUCUUGGAAGUCCCAACACAGUUUCAUUGCCACAAGACCAGACCAGACAGUCCCCAACACCAUCAACAUCCUUUGGGGCAUCAGCAGAUGGUACAAGUGUAGACCAGGGUUCAGAACAAGAGCUGGCUUCUGGCCAACAACCAAGUAAAUCUAAACUCAAGAGAGACAAGAAAAAGAAGAAAAAGGAAGAACAGGCCAAAGCCAAGGCAGCAGCCAGUGCAAGUCAGGGAGCACAUGGCUCAGUGGUCCAUGAAGUGCCACUCACAGGAGCUUCAAUACAACCUGAGCCUUCUGUUACAUCUAGUUCCUCCUGGGAACCAGCAUCAACUCCAGGACUAACAACAGAGGAGAUUCAGCCCCAUUCCAGGCCUUUGGAAGCAAGUCCUGGUGGAGAAGCACAGGCAACAAGUGAAAGUAUUGCUCCAAGUGUGCCCCCAGCAUCUACCCAGUCAAGACAAUCAAGCCAGACUUCCACUGCUCAAAGUACUAGAAACACCAGUAUUUCUGCUUCGAGUUCUGCCACCAGACAAGGUGGUGCUAAUCCUCCAGGACCCCCACAGAGUGGUGCCAAUCCUCCGGCCCCCACGUCUGCUGAGAGAUUGGCUCAGCUUGAUCCAUUAGGGAUUAACUUUGACAAGCCUAAAUAUCCUGCCUAUGCUGUGUAUUCUACCAGAUUAAGCUCUUUUGAUGGAUGGCCUUCACACAUGGCUCAAACACCAAGAGAAAUGGCACGAGCUGGAUUUUUUUAUGCAGGAUAUGGGGACUAUGCACGUUGUUUUUUCUGUGGAGGAGGCCUCAGAAAUUGGGACAGGACGGAUGAACCCUGGAUGGAGCAUGCAAAGUGGUUCCCACGGUGUGCCUUCCUACGGAACAACAAGGGAGAUAAAUAUGUUGCUCGGGUUCAAAGAAGACACCAGGAACAGGAGGCUGGUCUUCAACCUUCCUCACAACUUCCCCCUCCAGUUGAGAGAGAUGAGGAGACUGCCAUAGCCCAGGCCCUGAGGGAGAUGGGAUACAACAACCAGAUCAUACAGAGAGCAAUGAAUGAUUGGAGGAGAAACCUAAAACCUGGAAGAAGACAUCCCCCACCCAUGACAGCGUCAGCUAUACUGGACAUUAUAGAAAAACUGGAGAAUCAGGAACAAACAAACACAGAGAGACCCCGAGAGACACCAUUAACAAUACCAGGAAUGGACUCAUCUGCGGGUGAGGUGAACAGAGUGAAUUCUGGGAAUGUUGGUGAGAGCAUGACCUCUUUAGGUGCCUCAGCACUAGAAGAAAACCGUACAGAUGCUAGGCUGGAUGAUCAACCAAGAGAAUAUGGGUACGAUCAAAGAGAAAAACAAGAGAAGCAGAUAUUGCAGGAGGACUUCCUUGGCUUAACAGAGACUAUAGUGUGUAAGGUCUGUUGUGACAAGGAUGUGGCUGCAGCGUUCCUGCCCUGCGGUCACUUAGUCUGCUGUCUGGACUGUGCCCCUGCCAUGAGGAAGUGCCCCCUCUGUGCAGAGCUUAUCAAGGGCACAGUCAAAACCUACUUUGCUUAAUUCAUUAACUCUUGGUAAAUGUAUAUCUGCUCUCACUCUCAUCCUCAUGAUUAUCCUGCUCGAGCAUCUUCCACCUCCCCGUGGUGAGUAGGGGGCAAUGGACAACAAUACAACUUAGAGGACCUUGCUCCCAGUAAAGUGAAAUAAUUAAUCAUCAAGGCCAAAGGAAAUACAGAUGAUAUAUCUAUGAUGUAGAAUGAUUGUUACUUGCGUUGAAUGUGAAAGAAUUUACAAUCUACAUGUAGACUUACAAAUACCUUGACUUUGACCAACGAAUUUAUCAACAUGGACAAAAUGUAGAAAAGCUGAUGUCAUAGAAUAGAUACUUUCUAGCAUAAGAUGAGAGGCUAGAUUGCACAUUAGGUUUUACUGCUAUAGCUUGGUUUAUAGCUAUGCUGUGCCAAACAUGCUAAAUGUCUAUUGAUUAGCUGUGUAAGACUAUGUGUGCUAAAUGAUUAGUUCUGGCUGAAAUCUGUGUCAAUUGAUUUGCUCAACUACAAAAUGAACUCAGAUCAUUCAUUUAAAAGUAUUUAAGGCAUUGGAACACGAUACAUACAUAAUUAUUUUUUUAAUAAAAAUAUGAUCCAUAAACAUCGAACAUUUUAAAAAAAAAAUUAGAUUAAUAAUUAAAUCUUUUUAUUUAGGCACUUGUAUGAAGCCAUGUAAGCCACAUUUCAAGCAUUUUUCAGAUACAAUACCCAUCCUGGAUAAAAUUAAUCAAACUAUCAGAACAUAUUGCCACUUACAUUUCAUUUUAAGAAGAAUAUACCAAUAUACCUUAUCUACAUAUAAAAAAAAUGUUUAAUUUCAAUACACAGAAGAGGAAUGAAAAAAUUUUGACUGUGUUUACAGAAUAGCUUGAAAGGAUGUUGUUUUAUUGACCAUACAAGUUGAUGGAAUGUGUAUAGUACAGUUUAUUGUGAGGAACACCUUAACAAAGUUGUCUAGCAGAGAGAAGGUGCACUUUCUUCAUUAUCUCAUCCACAUUAAAAGAACUAGAUGUGUUAAGGACUCUUUUUUGACCCCUUUUAUUGAGUGACACUCAAUGUAAUCAGGAUUUUUAAUGCCUUAUAAGGGGCAAAAAAUGGCCUUACUGUACCUUGUUCUUUUGAAUAACUAUGUUUGGCAACAUAUAUUAGAGGCUUUGUGAAAAAUAAACUGAUCUCAUUAUAUAUAUAUCCAUCAUCCUUUGCCAACUUUUUCUUGUUUUUUGCAUUGUACAUGUUAUCUAUAGUAGUACAUGUAUUAUAUAGAGUUGUGAGUAACAAGUAGAUUAGAAAGGUUAAUUUUAUCUUGAUGCUUAUUUAGCAAUUGCAAGAUUUCAGUUAAUAUUUUAAUUUAGCAAUUGCAAGAUCUCAGUUUAUAUUUUGAUAAUCAUGUUUAUGCAAGUUAAUGUUUAUACCUUGAACUACAUGUCACCACUAUCAUCACUAUGAUAGCAUUUUAAAGCUAUUGUAUGAAAUGUUUGCAAAACUGUGUCGGAAAUAAUCCAUUCCUUUUUUUUACUAGUUUAGUCAUUGUCCCUUGCAAUUGUACAUGGACCGUGGGUAUAAAGUGUGUAAAUAAAAAAUAAAUUGCAACUGAUCGAAAAUGUUAGUAACGUACUGGUAGAUUUAAUAGACAUUUUUAUGCUUCGACUUGGAAUUUGAAAUAUGCAUAUGCAUGUAUAUUUCUCUACUAAUUAUAUUUUUCAUGUAAUAAUCAAGUACUUUAUAAAACUAGUCAGGGCUGUUCUGGCAGUCAACGUUCCAUGAAUUUCAAGACUAUGGAGUUUGCAUAUGUUUGACAUCAGUUCAGUUAUUUAAUUUCUAUUUUUUGUUGAUUUCCUCCUCUAAUUGGUCAUUGGUUAGUUAUUUUCAGUUGUGAUCUAUUUGGAGGAGGAAGUCUUCUUGUUAAUACAAGUUUGACCCCUUGUAAAUUUACUUUUUUGGUAUCUUAACUUGGAGUGCAAUAACUCAUGACCAUGACCAAACAACUUCCAGAUGGGAUUGUAAAUAUAUGGAGAAGAGAGAUUAUUAAAAAAAAUUGUAUUGCAUUUAAUGAUGCAUUAAUAACAUAUAUUAGUUGAUAACUUUGUAUUAUUCUUAUCUAGUAGAAUUUAAGUGGAAUAUUUUUUUUUUGUGAGAAUGCUGUAUGGAAUUCAGCAUUAUAUUCUGUAAAAAUUUUGUUGCUGAUACUUGUAUGUACAUUUUUAUGACUUAGUUCAACCUAUACAUAAAGUUGUAUGACUUAAUUAAAAAAAUAAAAUGAUUUUAAUUUA